AGCCUGUACCUCUACGUGCCCUCGGACUUUCCAGACAUGUUUACGGCUUAUCAUCCAGGAUGGAGCGGCCGAAGAAGUUGAGACAGGACAGAGCAGCUUAGCUGCUAAAUGACAUGGGUGAAGACACCUGUGUUUCGCAACGAGGCUGGCAACUGAAGUAGAGGUGGGCAGGAUGGGGGAGCGGACGGUGGGACGCCCCGUAGCUGCGAUCUCUCCAGUGCAGCAGAUGCUGGCCUCUGGCACUGGCGCCCUCCUCACAUCUAUAUUUGUCACACCGCUGGACGUUGUGAAGAUCAGGCUGCAGGCUCAGCAGACACCGUUCCACCAAGCUUUAGUCAGCGAAUCUGCUCCGUGGGGUGGUGUCACUCGCCCCUCCAAGUGGAAGUGUUUCCUGUAUUGCAACGGACUGAUGGAUCACAUCUAUGUUUGUCAGAAUGGAACCAGUUGCACCAGCUGGUACAAAACACCAGCACAUUUCAGCGGGACUCUUGAUGCUUUUGUGAAAAUCAGUCGCCAUGAAGGACUCCGCUCUUUGUGGAGUGGAUUACCACCAACACUGGUUAUGGCCGUACCUGCUACCAUCAUCUACUUCACCUGCUAUGACCAGCUGCGGGACUUUCUCAGAUUCGGACUGGGUCUUCAGGGAAGCCACGUCCCUCUUCUUGCCGGAGGUCUUGCCAGAUUGGGGGCUGUGACAGUGAUCAGCCCUCUGGAGCUGGUCAGGACUAAGAUGCAGUCCCGUCGGUUGUCCUACAGCGAGCUGCGGGUCUGUAUCCGCUCUGCUGUGGCUCAGGACGGCCUGCUGUCUCUGUGGAGGGGCUGGGGACCCACUGUGCUCAGAGAUGUACCGUUUUCUGCUUUGUACUGGUUUAACUACGAACUGGUGAAGGCCCACCUAUGUGAACAGUCUGGAAUGCCUCAGGCCAACUUCUCCAUCAGCUUUACAGCAGGAGCUAUCUCUGGAGCUAUCGCUGCAGUUCUGACGCUGCCGUUUGAUGUCGUUAAGACUCGGAGACAGAUUCAGCUGGGAGAGAUGGAUACUCUGGGAGUCUCCUUAAAGAAACCCACGUCCACAUGGCACAUAAUGAAGGAAAUAUGGGCUGACUUGGGCUACAGAGGCCUUUUUGCAGGUUUCAUGCCAAGAGUGAUCAAAGUGGCUCCGGCCUGUGCUAUAAUGAUAAGCAGUUACGAAUUUGGAAAGGCCUUCUUCCAGAAGAUGAACCUUGAUCGCGAGCGUCUGGCUUCCUGAAGGCUGUGUGACGCUGGUUGUUCGUCAGCAGGGGCAGAACGUGCAGACAUUAUGAUCAAGGAUAACGUGUCCUCAGACAGAAGGUAGAGGAGCAGGCUGAUGAUGAGGAUUCUUUGCAGGGAUGCCUCUCCCUUUUUCAAGAGAGCAGACUAGUUUUCUUGAAAUAUUAAACACUCAAGACACACCUGCAUACUUAAACACAGUAAGGAGCUUGAAAAACAAGCCUGGAUACUGAAGAAUCUUCUGGGACCAUAGACUUUAUCUGUGCUGAUUCAUGCACAUUUUUCAGGUUUCUUUUAAAAGAGAAAGACUUUUUUUUGUGCUUGUACCAAAUUAUUAUACUCAUCAAAUGAAAAAUCUUGGGGACUGAAUGUCACAGAUUCAAUCUUGCCACCAUCAUCCUGACUGAAAACCUGCUAACCCACUGUGCAGGAUAAUGUAGGAACCUUGAAACAUUCUUAAAGGGUGAAUCUUCAAACCGCUGUAGCAUGAGUUAGAAGAAAAUCUGUUUUUCCGACAUUUUGCGACAAACUGCAUGGUGUGUCCAGCCCCAUCCAGCACAGAGUCCAAAUACGCUGCUCCACCUUGCAUCGGCAUUACUGCAUCAGCCUGCAUUCCAGUAGGAGUAAAACAUGACCAUUCUACAUUUAUCUGCUGUUUAGAUGCCUGAAAAAUCUGGUUUAUAUCUUGGAUAUGUUGGACUUUUAUAUUUGCAACAGAAGAGCUGUGAAAGAAAUCCACAAAGAACAACUACAGAUUUUUAUGACAGUUCAUGUAUGUUUCUGUACUAUAGGAAAUGACAUGCAUGAUCUUAGUUUCAAAGGAUACACUGACUUCAUGAUGGAAACAUAGAAGCAAGUUUUCAUUUGAGCAUGAAUUGAAUGCUAUGAAAUGUAUAACAGAAUUUUUCAGCCAGCUUCCUGAAAUCAAACAGAUUUUGCAUCAAAGGAAAAUGAUUUCUAAAAAUUUCUCUUAGUGGCAUUCUGGCGAUGAGAUGCAGGAAUUUCUUAUCCACAACAGAGACACUGGAUCAUAAAAAAGAAAUAUUUCUGCCUUAAUGUGAAAGAUAUAAGUGUGCGUUCUUUGUGUUUUUUAUGAAUUUAAUUUAAAAUAAAAUGCUACAACAGCUUGA